CAUUAAAAAGGGAUUUGAACGCCCCGCCCCGGAGCCCAGGUGCCCAGGUGCCCCGGCCCCGGUCCCGGCCCCGGAAGCCGGCGGCCAUGGGGCCCCACAGUCUGGAGAAGAUGGUGCAGCUGCAGAGGAACCCCGCGAACAUCAGGAACAUCUGCGUGUUGGCGCACGUGGACCACGGCAAAACUACCCUGGCCGACUGCCUCAUAUCCAGCAAUGGAAUCAUCUCCAGCCGCCUGGCAGGCAAGCUACGGUACAUGGACAGCCGGGAGGACGAGCAGAUCCGGGGCAUCACCAUGAAGUCCAGCGCCAUCUCCCUGCAUUACGCACAGGGUGGCGAGGAGUACCUCAUCAACCUCAUAGACUCUCCGGGCCACGUGGACUUCUCCUCCGAAGUGUCCACGGCCGUUCGCAUUUGCGAUGGAUGCAUCAUCGUGGUCGAUGCCGUGGAGGGAGUCUGCCCACAGACACAGGCAGUUCUGCGCCAGGCCUGGCUCGAAAACAUCCGGCCCGUGCUGGUGAUCAAUAAGAUCGAUCGCCUGAUCGUGGAGCUGAAGUUCACCCCGCAGGAGGCCUACUCCCACCUCAAGAACAUCUUAGAGCAGAUCAAUGCGCUCACGGGAACUCUUUUUACUUCUAAAGUCCUAGAAGAGCGGGCGGAGAGAGAGAGCGAGCCCCCCGGGACCCCGGGGGCCGGCCCGGCGGAGCAGGUGUACGACUGGAGCGCGGGCCUGGAGGACACGGACGACUCCCACCUGUACUUCUCCCCGGACCAGGGCAACGUGGUCUUCGCCAGCGCCAUCGACGGCUGGGGCUUCGGAAUUGAGCACUUUGCCCAAAUCUACAGUCAAAAGAUUGGCAUAAAAAAGGAAGUUCUUUUGAAAACGUUGUGGGGAGACUAUUACAUAAAUAUGAAAGCCAAGAAGAUCAUGAAGGUGGAUCAGGCGAAAGGAAAGAAGCCGUUAUUCGUGCAGUUAAUCCUGGAGAAUAUAUGGAGUUUGUACGACGCUGUCUUGAAAAAGGACAAAGAGAAGAUUGAUAAAAUCGUCACCUCCUUGGGGUUGAAGAUCGGGGCCCGGGAGGCGCGGCACGCGGACCCGAAGGUCCAGGUCAGCGCCAUCUGCAGCCAGUGGCUGCCCGUCUCCCAAGCUGUGCUCGCCAUGGUGUGUCAGAAGCUCCCCAGCCCCCUCGACAUCACACCCGAGCGGGUGGAGAAGCUCAUGUGCUCGGGUUCACAGCCGUUCGACUCGCUUCCGCCGGAGACCCAGGCGCUGAAGGCAGCUUUUAUGAAAUGCGGGAGUGAAGACACCGCGCCCGUCAUCAUCUUUGUGUCCAAAAUGUUUGCUGUCGAUGCUAAGGCUCUGCCUCAGAAUAGGCCCAGGCCUCUCACUCAGGAGGAAAUUGCGCAGCGGCGUGAGCAGGCGAGACAGAGGCACGCGGAGAGGAUCGCGGCAGCUCAGGACCCGGCGCCCGCGGGGCCCACCGCCGACGGGAGCACCCCUGAAACGAGUCCGGAGGGAGAGGAGCCGAAAGGGGGUGAGCCGCAGGGGGGGAGCGUGACCCCUCGGCCCGCGCCGCAGGAAGAAAGCAGCCAGGAGACCAGCCAGGAGACGUUCGUGGCGUUUGCUCGCGUGUUCAGCGGCGUGGCCCGCAGAGGGAAGAAAAUCUUCGUCUUGGGGCCCAAGUACAGCCCGGUGGAGUUCCUGCAGCGGGUGCCAUCGGGCUUCUCCGCUCCCCUGGACGAGCUGCCCGCGGUCCCCCACAUGGCGUGCUGCACGCUGGAGCACCUGUACCUCCUGAUGGGGCGGGAGCUGCAGGACCUGGAGGAGGUGCCGCCAGGAAACGUGCUCGGAAUCGGGGGCCUUCAGGACUUCGUGCUGAAAUCCGCAACCCUGUGCAGCGUGCCCUCCUGCCCGCCCUUCAUCCCACUCGGCUUCGAGGCCACCCCGAUCGUGAGGGUGGCUAUCGAGCCAAAGCACCCAAGUGAGAUGCCCCAGCUCGUCCAAGGGAUGAAGCUUCUGAACCAGGCCGACCCCUGCGUCCAGAUCUUAAUCCAGGAGACGGGGGAGCACGUGCUGGUCACCGCCGGGGAGAUCCACCUGCAGCGCUGCCUGGACGACCUGCGGGAAAGGUUUGCAAAGAUCGAAAUCAGUGUCUCCGAACCCAUCAUCCCCUUCCGAGAAACCAUCACAAAACCGCCCCGCGUGGACAUGGUCAACGAGGAGAUCGGCAGGCAGCAGAAGGUGGCCGUCAUCCACCAGGCCAGGGACGACCACAGCAGAGUCCCCGAGGGGGUCCAGGUGGACGCCGAUGGGCUGGUCACCAUGACAACGCCCAACAAACUGGCCACGCUCAGCGUCCGGGCCGUGCCGCUUCCGGAAGAAGUCACGCGGCUUCUGGAAGAAAACCACGAGGUGAUCCGUUCCAUGGAGCAGCUGACGUCCUCUCUGAGCGAGGGCCGGAGCGCUCAGCUGACCCAGAGGGCCCAGGAGAGAAUCCGGGAGUUCAAGGGCAAGCUGGAGCAGCACCUGACGGGCAGGAAAUGGAGGGACACCGUGGACCAAAUCUGGUCAUUCGGCCCCAGGAAAUGUGGGCCCAACAUACUAGUGAAUAAAAGCGCCCACUUCCGGAGCUCCGUGUGGGCCGGCCCCGCGGGCGCCGCCACCCAGGAGGCCGGCCGGUCCCGGGACGUGGGCAACAGCAUUGUGAGCGGCUUCCAGCUGGCCACGCUCGCCGGCCCCAUGUGCGAGGAGCCCCUCAUGGGCGUCUGCUUCGUCCUGGAGAGAUGGGACCAGAGCAAGGUCGAGGAGCCAGGAGCCAGCGGGAGCCCGGAGCCGGGGGGAGAGGGGCCCGGGGGAGUUUUUUUUCCGGGGGGAGAGGGGCCCGGGGGAGCGGCGAGCUGGGCCCCGGGAGACGGGGGCCACCCCGAGCCCGGUGACAAGAGGACGGCGCAGAAGGUGGAGCCGGCCCUGGCGGACUGCUACGGGCCCCUGUCGGGGCAGCUGAUCGCCACCAUGAAGGAGGCCUGUCGCUACGCCCUGCAGGUGAAGCCGCAGCGCCUGAUGGCCGCCAUGUACACCUGCGACAUCAUGGCCACUAGCGACGUGCUCGGCCGGGUCUACGCCGUCCUGUCCAAGAGGGAGGGCCGCGUGCUGCAGGAGGAGAUGAAGGAGGGCACGGACAUGUUCAUCAUCAAGGCUGCACUGCCUGUGGCCGAGAGCUUCGGCUUCGCCGACGAGAUCCGCAAGCGGACCAGCGGCCUGGCCAGCCCGCAGCUCAUCUUCAGCCACUGGGAGGUCAUUCCCAGCGACCCCUUCUGGGUGCCGACGACGGAGGAGGAGUACCUGCACUUCGGGGAGAAGGCCGACUCAGAGAACCAGGCCCGCAAGUACAUGAACGCGGUGCGCAGGCGCAAGGGCCUCCCCGUGGAGGAGAAGAUCGUGGAGCACGCGGAGAAGCAGCGGACCCUCAGCAAGAACAAGUAGCCCCGGGCGGCCUGUCCCCAAUAAACGCACGGGGGCCGGGGCUGCCCGGGAAACCGC